CGAAGAAGAAGAAGGCGCGCUAGGUGAGCCUGUGUCUUCUUCUUCCCCUUCUUAACUGCAUUUGGGUACGCCGUGUUGGCCGUUGCCGGUGCUCUAGAAGAAGAAGCAUUUGGCUCGGAACCGCGCGUCUCGGAAUACGUAACCAUUGAAAAAUCCUAUCACAUGAGCGACAACCCACAGUUCAAAUGGGCUGCAGUUUCCUCCGCGCGUCAGAUGGCGUCAUUUGCCAUCACUAUAUUCCUGGCCAUAUCCUUCUCUGCUUUUGUCCUGUUCCGCCCUACCGAGAGCUCAGCCACACGAGCCGCAGGAAGGCAAAGGAUACAGCUCUCUCCACCGAUUCACCGAGGGUACCCAGUACGGACGAGAAAUAUACAUCCGGAGAAGAGGACGCCCGGGGAACCUGCUGACCCACACGGACACGACGACAUCAGGGCUAGGCAACGCAAUGCCACCGCACAUUCCGCGAACCAGAUCGCCUCGGAGCAGCGGCAGCAGAGCAAUAAGGACCUAUGGUGUACCUACGACAGCCGGUCUGCCGCCAUGACCGUUCGCGACCUCCCGCUCGAAUUCUGCAAGCGCGUCGUCCACUGCUGCCUUACGCUUCUCUCUCCCAACACGCAACCUGGACACCUGUACGAUUUCCAUUCCUUCCUCCGUCUCAGAUACUCGCCCAAACACAAGCCUCACCUCUUCAUUGGACUCGGCGGACCACACCAAGAACCGGGCGUGUUUGACGUCCUCGACACCAAGUCUACCCUUAAAGUCGCUCGCCACAUCACUCUAUUCGUAGCUUCAAACCGCCUCGAUGGCUUGCUUUUUUACAUCACCACCGGCGGAAACGUGGUCUUCGAGAUAUUCCGAACACUCCACGGCGCGUUGACGUCUAGAGGUCUCGUGGCGGCGGUCACCUUGCCUUGGAACGAGCCCAUCUCAAGGUAUAUCGACGGGAACUUCUUGCCGAUCAUUCAACUUCCACCAGUUUUAAGUCGUCGGGGAAAAGUCGGAUGCCCGGCAGAAAUCAACCCCAAGUCGUUCGGGCAUGCUAAAGGUUCCGUGAUGAGAUCCGUCAGGUUCACCGGAGUAAAGUACAGGCUUCAGUCCGCAGAAACUGCCUACGAAGACGCGCCUGGAACGCUGGCAGGGAGGGCGACAUACGCUGAUGUUUGUACGGCGAUUCGCAGUGAAGGCUGGACGGGAGUUGCUGCUCGAGGUGGGGAUUGUAUCAUGGCACAUAACGGGACCGAAUGGAUAGCGUCGCUAUCGCCCUGGUCUAUGUCUCUCGUGAAGGCUGCGAACGCACGGAGCGGCGUUGUGAUACUGGACAUCGAGAUGGAUGACGUUCGAGGCGCAUGCGGAACGGACUUUUCAUUGACCAAGGUGAUGCACAGCCUUCUCUAAGUGGUUCUUCGUGUUAUCUGUACCAGUACGUGAAAAAAUUGCGAUGAGAAAAUAUCAAAGUACGCUAACCGAUACGAUAACGUAUAUAAGUGAUGAUGAUAAUAAAUGACGCAAAAACGUCGCAACAAA